AUGACGGUGAUCAGCUUCAGCUGUAAUUUGUUACGUUUCUCUCCUUUGUUUUUUGCCGGUAGAGACGCCGGCCCCAUUGUACACACGAGCGAGUGUUCCUCCUUCACCACGAGAGGCGACGUGAAGGUCGGUGAGUUGGGACGUGCUGGUGUGGAUUCCACCUCAUCUUCCUCCGCAGCAGGUUUGGGCUUGGUUGACCCGCAGGUGCAGCAUUCCAUUGAGGUAGAGACUCAGAAGCAGUGCUUCCAGCAGCUGGUGCACCAGAUGAUAGAACUUUGUUGGGAAAAGUGCAUGGACAAGCCUGGGCCAAAGUUGGACAGUUGGGCUGUGGCCCGUUUUGUGAACUGCAUUGAGCGCUUCAUUGAUACAAGCCAAUUCAUCUUGAAUCGACUGGAACAGACCCAGAAAUCCAAGCCAGUCUUCUCAGAAAGCCUUUCUGACUGA